AUGCCUGCCGCGUCGGAUCCAUCCUCUGUCAUCUUCGAAGCUCUACCCUGCCACUCCCCUCAAGCUCCGCCCUCAGAGGCAACGCCCGAGAGGGCCGUCGGGACCUCCUCUCCUUCCUCCUCUCUCCCACUGCCUUCUCCCCCCGCCUCUCUGCCGAACGCAGCCGAUGCCUCUGUCGAGACAGCGGGGCGCGGCUCGAGAGCCGACUGUCCGGGCGCUGUGCCCAGCGGAGAUGCAUGGGGAGAGAGUGCACGGGGUCUCUCGACGAGCAUAGUGGAGGCACCACCGCCCGAGAAGACGCUACGGUUCUCUAACGGCGGGAAAGCGCACGCAGCCGCGCCGGAGUCACCAGACAGCUCGCGCUCGACGCAGCCCCCAGUCGGAGUUUCCGUCGACGGAACUGCGAGCGCGUCGCCUGAGCGGAUGUCCACAAAACCCAGGCAGGAUCCUUUGGAGGCUCCGACCUCUCCUGCUGCCUGGCGAGACGCCGCUGUUGCCGGGGCAUCUCGGAGCGGCUUACCUUCUUCGCAUCGGGCCGCGCCUCGCGCGGCUCGAGCCGCCGGGGACCGGGGAACGGCCUCGGAUUCUUCCAGUGGCCAAGCCUCCGAGGGCAGUCCGUGCUGUGCGCCCGCGAGCGACUUCAGCCCUGCGCGUUCCUCGGCUUCCUCGCCGGGGCUCCCCAUGCCCAGAACGUGUGGGACUACCCCCUCGUUGUCGCCUCGCCACAUGCUCGGGUCUCCGUCCGCUCCCACUCGUUUGCCGGCCGCGUCCUGCUCGUCCCCCGGUUUGGGGGCUGUGGCGGCUGCGGCGAAUGCCCCCGCGGCGUUUCCCUCGCUCUCGGGGUUCCUGUCGCCGACGCCCCAUUCCGCGUCGUCUCCGCUCUGUCUGUCCCCGCGCACGAGCUCACACGGACUGUGCGGCGGGGGAGGGUCACCCCUGUCCUCGCCUCAGCACGCCUGUUCGCCGUGCCGUUUUUCGCCGAACUCCCCGCCUUCCUCACCCUGUCCGCUCGCCUCGCGGAACAACUCCGCCUCGCCGCUGCAUGUGCCCGCCGCUGCGCCGUCCUCGCCAGUGCACCCCUUCCAGGCUUCUCCGCGGCGUCUCUCCCCCAAAGCGCUCUCGCCUCGAUCUGUUUCCUGUCUCUCUUCGUCUUCUCUCUCGCCCUCCUUCCUCUCUCCUCAAGCGUCUCCGUCGGGAGCGGGCCACCCCAUCAGCGAUCCAGAGCUCCGCGACGAGUUUCCACUUCCCCUCGAUCCCCUCUCGCGCUUUGGACAUCAACCAGGCUCGGCUUCGCCCCCUGGUCUCCUCUCUCCUGCGCCUGCGACGUAUCCGCCUUGCUCCGGCCCUCCAUCCGGUUCGCAGCAUCACUCGCCCUCGCUGUCGCCCCACGCUACGGGAAGCUGCCUGAAUGCUCAUGGAACUGCCUCGCCGUCUUCGCCGUGCCACCACUUCUCUCAACCCCCUGCCGGGGGAUCCCCACCGGGGCCCGCCCCAGGAGGAGGCGCGCUCGGGAGCUCGGGGCUCUCGGCGGCGACUUGCUGCACGUGCUGUGGCUGCUCUGGAGAGUGCUACAUUCCGAAUGCUUCAGCGCUGGAGGCUGCCCCGGAAAGCCCGUGGUGCACGUGUUCUUGCCACGUUCAAAACUCGGUCCGAAUCGACUUCUCCAUGUUCACGGCGAGCCUUCCGGUCGCUGACAAAUCGAACGCUUCAGAGACCACCCCUUGUCCCCACGCCCUCGCUGGAAAGAGCCACGGCUCGCCGUCGCGUCGUUUUCGUCUCUCUCCCUCACGCGCUUCUCUCUCGCCCUCGUCAUCUCUGGCCGUGCCUUCGCCCGCUUCGCCCUCUCAGCCUUCGUCUCCGUCUGUCUCGUUCUCGUCUCCAAGACACCACCCUAGGUCGCCGUCCUCUGCACACGAGGAACGGCUCGCCGAGAGUGCGGGCGGCGGAGAAGACGCUGACUCGCCACUGUCUCCGACGCAAGAGAGACACCCGCUGUCGCCUGCGCAAGCCGCCAGAUCCGCUGCUGCGGACGCUGGCCAGCGAUCCUGUGGCCACGCGUCUUCUCUCGAGGGGGGGAAACGCCUCGUCCUCCCUGAAGCGGCGAUAAGUUACAGGACUCCCGAGGCCCGCUCUGGCGGGAACGGAACGGGUGUAGCGACGCUGGACAAGUCCUUUGGAAACAGGGAACGGUCCAGCCUACAGCCCGUCGUCGGGUUGGCUGCGGGGGCGGAAGAAGGAACGUCCUCGCCUUCUCUUUCGCGCUGUCUCGCCCACGACGGUCUCCAGGCAGAGCCAGGGCACGGGCUAACGAACAAGAGCGCACCAGCCGAGCUGUCUGCCAUCGAGAAACUGAUUCUCCCGCGUGCUCUCGGGCGAGACCUCUCGCAUGCAGAUCCGGCAGUGGUCCAGGCCAGGCAGACAGGCAGCGAGGCGCACGAGGCAGCGGGCGUCGAAGGUGUCUCCGCGGGGCCUCAGGCACUGCCCGCCUCUCUUUCGUCCAAGGAGAAGAACGAGCCUUCUGAGUUUGAAGUCUCUUCCAGCCAGGACGCUGCUGCGCAGCAGGCUUCAGAAUCGGAGAAGGGAGAAGGCGCGACGGAGGGAGGACCACGGAGGGCGACGGAGACGGCAGAGGCCGAGGAGAGAGAGGGAGCGGCAGGGAGAGAGGAAGAAACACGACUCGGCAAAAGGGAGGUUCCAGGGGAGGAUCUUCCUGCUCGACCUGAAGCAGGAGCAGACGGAGGAGGACUGAAGAGGGAGGAUGGAGAAAGGGAACAAGGUGAAGAGGGACCAGCAGAGAGACUCUCGGUUACGGGGCGACAGCCCCCUUUUUUGAAAAGCAUCGAGAACGGCGCUGAAGAAGCGCCCGAACAGAAGCCGAGGGGACUCAAGACUGCACUUCCCGUGUCCUUUUGCGAGCUGAAGGCAGAUCACGCUCCUCGGGGGAACGCGCGUGAAGACCAGCACUCCGCAACGUGCGCUGAGGCUCCACAGCCGGCGAGCACGUGGAGUCGCGCGGCGCCGUCCAGUGAGGGGCCAGCCGGGAGUUCUGCGACUUCGAAUCAACUGCCUUGCGAAGAAUACAGGGAGCCGGGCGUUGAGAGUGGGGACGUGCCGGGCGGCAACGACGAAAAGGCUGCAUUUUCCUCGUCGCCUCCCUCUCCGUUGCCGGCGGAUUCCGGCGAGGCCGUGUCGGGCACUGUCGAGAGAGCCUUAGAAGAGAGUGGAUCACGGGGGGGUGGAGAUGCUGAGAGGGAAGAAGCGAGAAGGGCGGUUUCCGGUUUGCAGCCGGAGAAAGAGAGAAGCGAAGAGGGAAAAGAAAGAGAAGAGGGAGGAGAAAGAGAAGAGGGAGGAGAAAGAGAGGAGGGAGGAGAAGGUUGCGAGGAAGAGGACUCGGUCGACAGGGUGGAGGCUGGUCGGGCGGAUUCGUCGACGCCGUUUUCUGUGCCCUACGCGUGUAACACUUGCGGAGGCGCGGUUGGGAAGGAGUCAGACGCGAUAAAGCGGAAUGUGUCGUUUCCUUCCUUCGCCUCGCUGUUUGGGCCGAAUGAGCCGCCGCAGGACGCGUUCGUAAAUGCCAGUCAUUUGACGCUGUCUCCGACGCCGCCGGGUUCUCCCGCGCGCGCUCCGAGCGACGCAGACGAGCUAGUGUACGUACACAUCAAUCCGGUCACGGGCGAGCGGAAGGAGUUUUCCGCGGUGUAUUUCCGGAAGUCGAACAAAAUCCGCUUCAACGGGGCACCAUUCACCAGUGUCCAGACGUGGGUGCACUGGAUCGAAGCGGGCCAACUCGCGUCUCCGCAGUUUUUGUCGCACCUCCACUGUUCGGGAGACGGACAAGAGAGCCGGCGAGAAGGCGAAGAGGAUUCUGCCUGGCGCGGCCACGACAGGAAGGGGGCCUACGCCGCCUUCCUCGGCAGUGACGGCGCAGGGCACCUGCACUUUGCGGCGGAGGCGAGAGAAGACGGAAAGGAGAUGCCAACCUUCUUCUACGAACGCAGCAGCGACGCGUUCUGCUUUGGGCACGAGAAGGAGGAGCGGGAGUCGAGUUCGAGUGAGAGCGACAGCGACAGCUCGAGCGAUAACGAGAGCAGCGGCGAAGAGGACGAGCGCGAUGAAGACAUCUUCGAUCUCUACUCGCGCCAGCGGAAACUGCGGAACCGCGAGAGGACAGAAAGCCCGAGGACACGGCAGGUCGGCCACGCUCGCGACGAGGCUGGCAGCUCUACGUUUGCAGAGGCCGAGCUUCACGGAGAGGUUGUCCUGGGACCUCGAGAGGAAGAACCCGAUCGACGGGAGACGUCCUGGGUUGCGUCGUUCGGCACAGACAGCAUCCAGAGAAUUGGCGAGAUUGUCGAAGACAAGCGGGACGAGGCCGGUUCUUUUGUUCUCUACGCACACACGCGACAUCCGAGCAAAGAAGACGUAGACGCGGCGACGAGGCGACGUGCGGACGCGAGGGAGAGCGACGGGGUGCAUGCCGAGGACAGUCGAUGGCCGCGUGGAGAGGGAGAUCAGGCAGGUGUCGAAGCGAAGAAGCAGCAGUCGCGUGAUUCUGCAGACUCCGACAGACCCGACGCGCAUUCUGAGGCAACGCGAGAAUGCGACGCAGAAGCGGCGCCGUUUCCCGAGGGCGUCGCGUUCCCCGACUCGAGUCGUUGGACAGCCAGUGGCGGGGAGAAUGUGGACGCGUCUGUUUCUUCCUUCGGUGCGUCCUGCGGAGACCGAGGAAAUCAGGAGGCAUCGCCAGAGGGAAGCGGCGUACACCUGAACGGACACGAUCCGUUUUCGGUUCCUCUUGCAGAUCCUUUUGCCUCAUGGGCGCCGGACGGAAAUGCGGGCGAGUCGCAGUUUGGAGGCUCGCAGGCAGGCGGAGGGCGCGGCGCGUUGCCAACUCACCAGCAGGAACGAACUCCCCCGAAGGUGUUUCCGAGCGACGGAUGGCCCGUCUUCCCAACCUCGUAG